CGGUCUGCUCGCCAUGGCAGCAAAUCCCGAUAAAGCGAGCGCAGAAAGGGCGUGGCGAAAGCAGGCUCCCGUUCUGCUCCCAUGUCCCACUGCCCCUCCUCAUCUUUGACUCCCUCGCCACCACAGUCCAACCCCAACGCAAACAAACACUGCGCUGCCCUGCCCGUUCAAGAAACUCGCCAAGAACAAAGCACCACCGCAGCCAAGCCCCCCUCUUCUUUCCUCUUCCUCCAACCCGCCGCAAUCACUCAAACACUCCCAUCCAAUAGUGGCACCGGCCAGUGAUCACCACGCCGGGUGCGGGCACCAUGAUGAGCUCUCUGCUGCUCCUGCUCCUCUUGCUGCCGCUGCUGGUCUCCGGCGUCAGGUUCGGCGGCGGCGAGAGGCUGGGGGGCAAUGGCGACUACGAGGACUGGAGGCUGGGCACGGCCACCUACAUCAAGGAGUCCCAGGGCCACCCGCUCAACGAUGGUGGCGGCGCUUGUGGGUAUGCGGACCUUGACAUAUUCAGAUAUGGGAGGUACACGGCUGGCCUGAGCGGCGCGCUGUUCGAUAAGGGCAGCGCCUGUGGUGGCUGCUACGAGCUCCGAUGCGUGAACAACAUCCUCUGGUGCCUCAGGGGCAGCCCGACCGUCGUCGUGACGGCGACUGACUUCUGCCCGCCCAACUUUGGCCUCGCCGACGACUUUGGUGGCUGGUGCAACUUCCCCAAGGAGCACCUCGAGAUGACCGAGGCCGCGUUCCUCCGGGUCGCCAAGGCCAAGGCUGACAUUGUCCAGGUGCAGUUUCGAAGGGUAAGCUGUGAUAGAGCUGGCGGAAUACGGUUUACCAUCACUGGUGGUGCCAACUUCCUCCAGGUACUGAUCACCAAUGUGGCAGCAGAUGGCGAGGUCGCUGCCGUGAAAGUGAAAGGAUCAAAGACCGGGUGGAUACCUAUGGGGAGGAACUGGGGGCAGAACUGGCAGUGUGAUGCCGACUUUCGAGGCCAGCCCCUGUCAUUUGAGGUCACUGGAGGUAAGGGGAGGACGAUCACAAUGUACAAUGUUGCACCUUCCGAUUGGAUGUUUGCACAAACAUUUGCAGGCAAACAGUUCGUACAGUAGGUUAAAGGUAGGAAAGCUUGCUGUUAGUAUUAUAGGGGGUUAAUUUGAAUGUGGGGUUUCAAUUUUGUGACCCAAUGAUGUUUACCCAAGAAUGUUAAUGUUGUUUUACUCCC